AUGCGAUCUAAGAUCUUACUGCUAGCCAUUGGCCUUCUUGUCGCAGACUCUGCGCUAGCAGGUCCUUGCAAGCCCAGGUCCUCCACUUCGGGGACUAGAACCUCAACCUCAGUCGCUUCUACAACCGCCGAGGUAUCGUCCACUAUUUCAGUAUCCGAAACCUCCAUCGAGACUGGAACGACCAUCACAACCGCGCCAGACACUACUACAGCACCCGAAGUAGAGACAACAACCGUAGCCGAGAUUACCACCACAACGGCUGAGGCUGAGACAACAACCGCUGCGGAAUCUACCACUACGACCGCCGAGGCUGAGAGCACGACCACCACCGCCGUAGCCACCCCAACAUUCACUAUUGUCGGCGGCGGCGGCGCUAUACAAGGCGCUCCCCUGAAAGGGACCGACCAAGAUGGCAGUAUCCUGUUGUUCAACCCCCAAGCCGGUACCAGCCGCACCAGAACGAUCAUACUCGACCCCAACACAGGCCGACUGCGAGAUAAAGAUACUGGAAUACUCUUGUGUGCUUAUUACGGCUCUGCCAACUCUCCCGACGACCCUGCCAACAUUGCCUUUUGCCAGAAUGGCAACACAGGACUCAACAAAGCCUACGAAUAUAUGACCUGCCAAAUCGCCAGCAGCAAGCUUACUUGUACAGCCCCGAAAGGCCAGUGCCCGACUGACGAUGACGGAAACUUCCUAGGCUGCACUACGGAAAGUUUUAGCGGCGAGAACAAUCAGUUCUACUACAAGGCCCAGCCAGGCGCUGGUGAUUACUUUUUCAUCUCUAGCGGAAGUCCUGCUGGUUACACAGCUGUCGAUAUCAUUGCCCAAGAAGCAUGA